AUGAUGUUUUCCAUCGAAACUCGCGUGACCGCCCCGUCGCCCCUCGCGCGUCUCGCCUCGGCACACCGCGCGCAACGACGCGUGGGACGUCGACGCAUCGGUGCGUCCGCAUCGCGCGUCGGUCCGGCGCCGGAGAGCGAGACGGAGCGAUUGAAUCAGAAAUUUGGAAUUCCGGGCUCGGUGUCCUUCUCAAACGGCCGCGGCGGGCUCCCGCGCUGCGCGUUAACGCACAAGAACGGACGGACGGCGGAGGUGUAUCUGUUUGGGGCGUGCGUGACGUCCUGGACGCAGCCGACGGGGGACGACGCGCUGUAUGUGAGACCAGAUUGUGUGUGGGAUAAGACGAAGCCGCUGGCGGGCGGCGCGCCGUUGUGUUUUCCGCAGUUCGGCCCGGGACCGAUGCAACAGCACGGAUUCGCGCGAAAUGUGGAUUGGGAGGUGAUUGGAACGAGCGCGGAUGUGAAUCCGGACGAUCCCGAACCGGCGGUGAUGCUGAGAUUGAGGCCGAACGCGUACACGAAGGCGAUGUGGGACGAACCGUUUGAGGCGACGUACGAGGUGACGCUGAGACGGGAAUUGUUAAAGCUCGAGUUUUGCGUCAAGAAUUGCGCGGAGGAGGGAGGAAAAGCGUUUGAUUUCACGGCGGCGGUGCACACGUACAUCGAGGUGACGGAUUGUGCGAACGCCGGGGUGUUCGCGCGAGGUUUAAAAGGGAAGACGUAUCUGGACAAGGCGAUCGACGCGAACAAUCCGCCGAGGAAGACGCAGGACGGACGGGAUGUCUUCUUCGGUUUAGAGCUCGUCGAUCGCGUGUAUUUGGACACCGAACCGGAAACAUUGCUGCACGUUGGGAGCGGCGCCGCGGUGGCGGUGGAGAACACCGCGGGUUGGACGGACACGGUGAUUUGGAAUCCGCACCACAACAUGAAGGAAUAUUACAAAAACUUUUGCUGUGUCGAGAGCGCGGCGGUGGGGAAGCCGGUCGUAUUGCAACCGGGAGAAGUUUGGCGCGCAGAGACGAACCUGAGCGUUGUCGACGUGAAUUAG